CCUGGAUGCUCACGUCACGCGGAAAAUCUACUACUUAUACUUUGACCACAACAUCCACCACGCCCAGAUUUUCCUCUCUGUGGAUCGAGCCCAUAAGUGAGGAGCCCGAAGACCUCGCCGCUCCAAACACAAAGCGUCAUCGUACUCGUACUCCACUCACACGAACCCACUCUGCUCCUCAACUCAUCUCCACGAAAACUACACAGCCUUUCCACACAUUCAGAAUGGCCAACUCCAACGCCACCUUGAUGCCUCGUGCUGAUUCGUUCAACGCGCGCGUCCGGGGCACCAGCCACAUCGAUUUCCGCACCGCGACCACUGGUGUCGCCGCCAAAACGAUGCGCAACGAGAUUAGCCACCUCGUGGCUACCAUCAGCGAUCCUCAGACCAAGAAGGCAUUCGACACCGAGAUGCAGGCGUUCUUCUACCUGUUCACGCGCUAUUUGUCAGAGCGCGCCAAGAGCGUCGACCUCGACUGGGACCUCAUCAAACCCCCUGCCGAUGGCCAGAUUGUGCCUUAUGCCGAUCUCCCAAAGCCGAAGGAUACGAAGAACAUGAACAAGCUCGCCGUCCUCAAGGUCAAUGGAGGACUGGGUACAUCUAUGGGUGAAUAUGAUUAA